AUGUCUAAUGGCCUUCGUGCUUCUCGUGAUAGGUACCAGCAGAUGACCGAGACUUUGAAAAACUCCAUGAUCACGGCGGUGGAGUCUUUAAUCAACAAAUUUGAGGAGGGCCAGAUGAGGAAGGAGGAGAUGCACCGAGAGAAGCAGCACAGUCAGUCCAACAGCCAGUACACCGACAACUGCUCUGACAGCGACUCCUCCUUCAACCAGAGUUAUCCCUUCAUCAGACAAGAGCAGCUGCAAGUGUUGGCUGAGAAACUUGACUCCAGCAGACCCAGAGAGGUGCGUUGGGAGGCUCUUCAGGCCCUCUGCUGCGCUCCUCCCUCCGAUGUGCUGAGCUGCGAGAGCUGGAGCAGCCUGCGCAGGAACCUCUGUGACGCUCUGAGCGACCCCGACCUCAGCGAUCAUGUUCUGCAGUUCUUCGCUAAAAGCUUCUCCUCCUCUCCGCUGAACGUGACACGAGAGAUCUACACCAGCCUGGCUAAAAGUGUGGAAUCAAGUUUUCUCUCACACAAUCUGAGCUUCCCAUCCGGCUCAGCUGUCAUCGACAUCAACAGACCUGAGAUCAGUCGUCUGCUCAAACAGAUUCGAUUGAUGAAUGACUUUCAAAAGGAGGUGACCACCUUUUGGAUCCGCCACCCGGAGAAAUACAUGGAGGAGGUAAUAGAGAGCACCUUCUCCCUGCUGUCCUUCCCUCAUGAACAUGGCGCUGCCUCACCUGGAUCAGAGAAAACCCUGGAGCCCGUUCAUCUGCUGGCCUUACUGGAUGUUAAAGCCACCUGGUUUAAAAAGUGGAUGCAUGGACACUACAGCAGGACUGUAGUUCUCAGACUCCUGGAGAGAAAAUACAAGUCCCUGAUUGUUGCAGCCCUUCAGCAGUGCAUCCAUUACAACGAGUCCUGUGAGCGUUUCACAAAUGAGACGUCUGGUCCACAGUCAGCAGAGCAGCACAACACGA